GCCAUGGCGUUCACGUUCGCGGCCUUCUGCUACAUGCUGGCGCUGCUGCUCACCGCUGCGCUCAUCUUCUUCGCCAUUUGGCACAUUAUAGCAUUUGAUGAGCUGAAGACUGAUUACAAGAAUCCUAUAGACCAGUGUAAUACCUUGAACCCUCUUGUACUUCCAGAGUACCUCAUCCAUGCUUUCUUCUGUGUCAUGUUUCUUUGUGCAGCAGAGUGGCUUACACUGGGGCUCAAUAUGCCCCUUUUGGCAUAUCAUAUUUGGAGGUACAUGAGUAGACCGGUGAUGAGUGGACCUGGGCUGUACGACCCGACAACCAUCAUGAAUGCAGACAUUCUAGCUUACUGUCAGAAAGAAGGAUGGUGCAAAUUAGCGUUUUACCUUCUAGCAUUUUUUUACUACCUAUAUGGCAUGACCUAUGUUUUGGUGAACUCUUAGAACAACACAGAAGAACUGGUCCAGUUAGGUGCAUGCAAAAGGCCACCAAAUGAAGGGAUUGUAUCCGGCAAGAGAUCCUGUUUCCAAGAGUAGCCUAUGGAACCUGAUCAGUUACUUUAAAAAAUGACUUCUUAUUUUUUAAAUGUUUCCACAUUUUUUGCUUGUGGAAAGACUGUUUUCAUAUGUUAUACUUGGAUAAGGAAUUUUAAGUGG